AUAAAGACGAACAGGUGACGAUGAAAAUGCAUUUCACUACAAUUUUACUGAUAUGCAUCGAGCAAUUUACUAAGGCUCUGGCCCAGGGCAUGCCGGUUAGUCCGUGUCCGAAGGUCUUUCAAUACAGGUUCGAUGGCAGCGAGUGGUUCGGUCUCGCAGCCAUACGGAAUCCGGAUGUCCAGGCACUGCAGAUCCGCAUAACACUCUCCAUGCGCGGCAAGCCAACGACGAACUACCUAGGUGAGAUUGAAUUGCUGACUCGCGGAAGGUUUACAAGCAAUGCGCCUGUGCUCUACAAGAUUCGCUUUCCCAAACAUCACUUUCCACCCAAGCUGGUGCUCAUUUCGGCAAAUAAUCAAGUUAUCUGCAUUGGAUCUGGCGAUCACAGCAUAUUUAUGACUCAAAUUCAAUUGGAGCACACGCGAAAGCUAACCUUUGUACCCGAGAGUAACUCGUCGGGUCUCAUGAUGCCGCCAGCCGUUGAGGGAGACUUUGGUAUGGUUGUUGGCAAGGAGUUGCCGGGAAAUCACAAGCCUCUGCCGCCCAUUCAGUUCAAGAAAAAAAAGUUUCAUACUCCGGGCGAAGUCUGCGGCCGGGUGGAUGAGACCCUUGACUUUCGUUUGCCUAAGCGAAGGCAACGGAAAAUGGUCUCAAGUCCCACUGCUGAGCCACACGAACUGAAUCAUACGCUUCGCUUUGAAGCUGAACAGUCCGGACAGCUGCCAGUUUUUGACUCGGACUACGACGACGCUGUGGAUGAGGAUGAGGAUGAGGAUGAGGAUGAUUCCAUCGUUCUUGUGGAUGGUCAAAAUGAUGCGACUGGCAAUGCGAUGCUGCCCUCGUUAACGCGCGGUGCUUGGCCCUGGCUGGCGGCGAUUUACGUCAACAAUCAAACAUCUCUGAACUAUCAGUGCGGAGGUACUCUCGUCUCCGCGCGCGUUGUCAUUAGCUCAGCCCAUUGCUUCCAGAUGUUCAAUCAGCGGUACACGGCCAACGAGGUGCUCGUCUUUCUGGGCAGGCACAACCUGAAGAACUGGAACGAGGAUGGCUCCCUGGCAGCCCCAGUCGAUGGCAUCUACAUACACUCCGACUACAACGGACAGUUGAGCAACUACGACGCGGACAUAGCUGUUAUUCUACUCAAGAAUGAAGUGCGCUUCAAUACAUUUAUACAGCCCGUCUGCCUGUGGUCGGGCUCCAGCAAAAUGGAAUAUAUCGUGGGCGAGCACGGCAUUGUGAUUGGAUGGAGUUUCGAUAGAUCUACAAAUGAAACAGCCAACUCGAAAAGUCCAGCAUCCACAGCUGAAUCGAAGUCCAUACCAAUUGUGGUAAAGGCGCCAAUCGUUGCCAAUGCGGAUUGCUUCAAGGCCAAUGAACACUUUCGCAGCCUCUCGUCGAAUCGCACUUUCUGCGCGGGUUUCCUGCUGGGUGGCCACCGAGUGAAUGGGCGCAAGGAGCUAGAGAGGCGCGGAGCUGGCACGGGUAUCUCUGGUGCCGGACUGAUGAUACUCAAGAACAAUCGCUGGAUGCUGCGUGGCACAGUGUCGGCUGCCCUGCCCAGCGAAAAGAGCCCCAGCGGCGCAUCAGCUCAAUGCUGUAUUAGUCAAUAUAUAAUCUACGCAGACGUCGCCAAGUUUAUUGAUUGGAUAAUGGCUUUUGUUAUUUAAUUUGUGUAUGUAUGUGUGAGAGAGUCUCUGGUCUAAUGUAAUGUAACGUGUGCCCGAUUCAAAUGCUAAGUUGAGUUUGAAGUAAAUAACUGCUGUGAUAACCCUCGAUGGACGACAUGCUACCAACUUGACACGUGAUCAGGGCUACCUUGACCGCCCUGGGUGGGUUCGCAACGAUCCCUUCUUACCUAAACAAACAAAGCCUGGGCUUAACUUCUUUUAAAUUGCUUUUAUGACCAGCUAAUCCACUACCUAGCAAAGCCACAGGCCCGCGGGUUGCUUUACCUGACUGGGCACUGAUUGUCAGGUGUGCGGUUGGCGCAUAUAUAAAUUUGA